CAAACAUUAUGUACAAAGAUGAUGACACAGUGGAUGUUCUCCGACUUUAGCUUGUAGCUAAUUUUAAAGCAACUUCAUUAUUUGUUCUCUACAAUUAUGAGUGAUUUUCUUAACCCCCCAUCAUCCUUCAGCAGUUAUAUUAUUUUAACUCAACAAUAUACUUUGCUCUUUUCAACAUUUUUUGUUUUUCUUUGCUUGUAAAAAAUGUAAACAGGCAAAUGUUUUUUUCGUAUUAUUUUGUUAUUGUUUUGAUUAUUAUUACGGACACAUUUGACUCACAAUAUUAAAAAAAUGAAUUAAAAAACUCAAUAACGUAAUUCGUUUUACCGAUUGUAUAUAUGAAAAUCACGAGACCACAAUUUUUGUAUUGUAACAAAAUACAAAACGUAAGCGAAUUCAUCAGUCAACACGUUUCCAGAUCAGUUAUUUACGACUGGUAUGGAUAAUAGUUUUCUCACCGGUGGCGGACAGCGCGCAUGCGCGAAUGAUACAGCGGUGGAAGGCGGAGCUAGUGCGAUUCUGGACGCUGGCUACGCACCGUGGCGCAUCUGUGCGGAUGCGAUUCCGCUUGGACCAGACCUCCAAUGUGAUUAUGCCUCUUCAAAGGAUGUAACUUGCCUCGCAUCUGCUGCUGCUCCGGGCCUGCGAAGAAAUGUUUCACAGAAUUUUCCGCUGCAACCGUCUGCUAUAAUAACCGCUGGAGUCAGCGAGCGAGAGCAUGGCUCAUGUUGAGGAGCCUCACACUGAAGGAGAGGGGAGUCCCCAGAUGAUCUCCCUCAGAUCGGAAGCAUCUGGAAACCAUGUCAGUGACGCAGAAGCUGGACCUCCUAUUAGGAGGAAAAGGAGGAAGAAGAAAGACCCGCGGCCAGAGUCCAUCAUUGUUUACCGCUCUGACAUGGAGCGAGAGCUGGGAGAGGAUCAAGCUGGUGAAGAAGGAGCUGAGCGGAGUGCAGAGGAGGGCUCCAAAUUCCUCUGCACUCCCACCAACGAUGAUGAAGGCUGGAGCCUUCCUCCCGACAGUCGCUACGUCACUCUGACCGGCACCAUCACACGUGGGAAGAAGAAGGGUCAGGUGGUGGACAUCCACGUGACGUUGACAGAGAAGGAACUGAGGGAACUGGCCAAGUCCAAGGAGCGCCUGGACGCCGAGUUUGAAGCAGGUGAAGGCUCCAGGCGCUCCUGCAGCUUAGGCGUGUGUCAGGGACCCCAUGUAGUCCUGUGGAGUCUUGGCUGCGUCCCCAUAGUUUUCCUCCUCUCCUUUAUUACCUCCUUCUACUACGGCACUCUCACUUGGUACAACGUGUUUUUGGUUUACAAUGAGGAGCGGACGUUCUGGCACAAGAUCACCAUCUGCCCCUUCCUCAUCAUCUUCUACCCCAUGCUCAUCAUGCCGGUGGCCCUGUCCCUGGCCCUGUAUUCGGCUGUGGUGCAGGUGUCCUGGGCCUUCAGCGAGUGGUGGCAAGUGGUCCGAGACCUGGAGAAAGGGUUCUGUGGGUGGGCCUGUGGGAAACUGGGUCUGGAGGACUGUUCUCCGUACAGUAUCGUGGAGCUCCUGGACUCUGAUACGGUGUCUGGCACUUUGCAGAGCAAGGCACCCAGUGAACUGGCCCAGACGUCGUCAGUGUAAACCACGAUGACGUGAGGUCCAGGUCAUUUGCAUCUUAAUGUUUUUCACUCACUUAUUCCUUCAUUGUACGUGGUCACCAGCGACCUCACUCCCCUCCACACACUGAUGUCCGUUACUGGCUGGUUGGAUCAUCUCUGAGAUAUGUACUGUUGAAAACCACUCAAGGAAGACAACCACUAGUCACUCUAAAGUAACUGGCAAGCCACCCUCAGUCCUCCCUGCCAGAUGCCUCUGCUCUGACUCUCUGAUGGACAACAUCACUUCCAAACCUCUUCAGGCUCAUCAGUCUGGCAGUGCUGCAGUUUGAGCAACACCUGUGUGAUCCAAUAAAACUACAGGUCGUCCUGCUACCCAGUUUUGCGUUUGGAACAAGACACUCUGCACAGCACUGUGACGUGUGGAAAUUACUGACAAUACCUAACCACAAGAGUCUGUUCAAAUGUGUGUCAAAUGAGAUUCACGAUUUGGCAUGUCAUCUUUAUUCCCAAGAAAUAUGGUUUGAGUCAACACUCACCAUUGAUUUCACAGAUUAGUUUGUUUUCAUUUGUUUAAUUUUUCUGCUUGUUUUUUAACACACAUACCAAUGAACACAGUGGAAGGGAAGGUAACAAUAUGUAAAUAUAUUUUAGCAACGUGUUGCUGACUUUGUGUCCUGCUAGUUUAUUACAUUCUGAUGGACGUCAGAAGCGUUUGCACAAAUCAGUUAUUUUUUACUGGGUUGAAUACGUUUUCUGAGGACUUGCUUUCACCGAUGAGCUGCUUACAAGGGAACCUGUUAUAUUGUCUCUGUCAGCUCAGUUCACAGACAAAUGUAUAAGUUACAUUUUAUUUAUAAAUUUAGCAAGAUGACCAGUAACAAUAAGUGCAAUGCUAAAGCAAAUUUAAGCAAGCCUUCCUUACUAAAGGGCAGGCUCUAAUGUGUUCCAUUAUUGGUGGAUUUUGGAAGAACACCAUGAUUUUAGGUGAUCACACAGACACCAAACAGAUGAACCAUCGAUAAAUCCAUUUUCCUGGUCACAUGUCCAUGAGUGACACAAAGUUCUGGAAACAAUGGAAUUCUGUAUUUAUCAUGUACUUUUAAUUUAUUUGUGUUUUAUUUGUUUUUAUGUAUUUUAUCAUGGACUGAACACAAUGGUUUUUACUACUGAAAAAGAGAUGAUGAUAGCAUUGCUCAGAUGUUUGUGUUUUUGCAUCACCGGUGUGAACUGUGGCAUGUAAUGUACAAUAUAUUGACAUGGCCUAACACUCCACAUGGAUAUGGAUUAAUUUAUUUACUGUGCUUUGAACAACAAGGUAACACAGAUUUAAUAAAAUGUGUUUAUGUGUGUGUCUGUCCUUUCUUGUGUUUAAUAUUAUUUAAGAUGUUCUUUAUUGCAAAGCACUGUUCGCAAAGAUAGAAUGGCGAUUUUCACAAAAUAAGACACCGUUUUUAAACAAUCAUAGUAUAAUAGAUUACUUUGUGUAUUGUUUACUUAUGCUACCAAAAUGGAUUUUAAUGAAUCUACUUCAGAAGUAUGUCGACCAUAAUUCCAUUUUCCUUUUCUUCCUAUCAUAGUAACAUACUAUUAUGUUUUAGUUAAGAUGCUAAAAUCCCAAACGUGUUAAUCUAAGAUAAACAUUGAGAAAACUCUAAAAGGCAAUUCUAAGUAUAUAACCUGACCAAUGUCAUUUGUCGUUCUGUAUUUACCAUUUUCAUUAAUAAUGCAAAGUUGUAUUCCUGCAUUUGUAUUCCAGAUUAUUACAAAUGUGAAAUAAAGACAGCGACUAACCCUUUUUCUUUUUUCUGAGCAAUUCAUGUUCUGCUCUACCAACUUCCGCUUAUUGACGUUUGACUACAUGGAGGCGUUUCUCCCAUUAUAUCUACCAAGGGUUCAGACAUAUCGAAUUUCGAGCCCAGCAACGCGUGGUCUUACUCUUUGUGUUA